AAUUUGAACUCAGCAGCCAAACUUGUCCUUAAUUACUCCUUCCCUGCUCUUUCAUGCACUCCUCCCACACGCGCGGGUCCUCCCUUCUUCCUUUAUAUAUACACUCCUCCUCACUCACCCAAUUCCCCACCAGCUCAGCCUUAUCCGCCGCCUCCACCUCCUGUGUCCACGGCCACCGCCGCUCCCGUAUAGACAGCACAAAAUUAUUUCUAGCCAAUUCAUAUAUACAUCUAGAGCUACCUAGCACCUUGUAGCUGAAACUAGUAAAUUUCUAUUUAUGGGGAACGCCGGGGAGUACGUGGAGAAGAAGGGGGAGGGCGGGGGCGGGCGCCGACGGGUGGAGGUGCCGCCGCCGCAGCCGUUCUUCAAGUCGCUGAAGUACUCUCUGAAGGAGACUUUUUUUCCCGACGACCCGUUGAGGCAAUUCAAGAACCAGACGGCGACCAGGAAACUGGUGCUGGGUCUUCAAUACUUUCUGCCGAUUCUGAAGUGGGCUCCGCGGUACAGCUUGGAGUUUUUCAAGGCGGACCUGGUCGCCGGAAUCACCAUCGCCAGCCUCGCCAUUCCUCAGGGGAUAAGCUAUGCUAAGCUGGCCAACUUACCCCCUAUCCUUGGAUUGUACUCGAGCUUUGUACCACCGCUGAUAUACGCGAUGAUGGGGAGCUCACGGGAUUUGGCGGUAGGGACAGUGGCAGUGGCCUCGCUGCUAACUGCAUCAAUGUUGGGACAAGAGGUAGAUGCUGCUCAAAAUCCUAAGCUUUACCUUCACCUUGCUUUCACUGCCACCUUCUUUGCCGGCGUCUUUCAAGCUGCUUUGGGACUUUUAAGGCUAGGGUUUAUCGUGGAUUUUCUGUCACAUGCAACGAUAGUAGGGUUUAUGGGGGGAGCAGCCACAGUAGUCUGCCUGCAGCAGCUGAAAGGCAUUAUGGGGCUUGAUCACUUCACCCAUGCCACUGAUAUCAUCUCCGUCAUGCGCUCUGUCUUUACCCAAACCCAUCAGUGGAGGUGGGAAAGCGGCAUCUUGGGUUGUUCUUUUCUUUUCUUUCUCCUCCUCACGAGAUACUUUAGCAAAAAAAAGCCAAGGUUCUUCUGGAUAUCAGCAAUGGCUCCUCUGACGUCCGUAAUUUUGGGAAGUCUUCUAGUUUAUCUCACUCAUGCUGAAAGACACGGCGUUCAAGUGAUAGGAAACUUGAAGAAGGGCUUGAAUCCAUUGUCCGUCACGGAUCUCAUCUUUGAGUCUCCUUAUCUCACCACUGCCAUCAAAACUGGCAUUGUCACUGGCGUCAUUGCUCUUGCUGAAGGCAUUGCAGUGGGAAGAAGCUUCGCCAUGUUCAAGCAUUAUAAUAUUGAUGGGAACAAAGAGAUGAUUGCUUUUGGGACCAUGAACAUUGUCGGUUCUUUGACUUCUUGCUACCUCACUACAGGGCCUUUUUCGCGAUCCGCGGUGAACUUCAAUGCAGGAUGCAAGACAGCAGUCUCUAACAUUGUUAUGGCAAUGGCUGUCAUGCUUACGUUGUUAUUCCUAACACCCUUGUUCCACUACACUCCGCUGGUAGUGCUGGCUUCCAUAAUCAUCGCUGCAAUGCUCGGCCUUAUCGACUACGAAGCUGCAAUCCAUCUGUGGAAGGUUGACAAGUUCGACUUCGUAGUGUGUAUGGCGGCAUACAUCGGUGUGGUUUUUGGCAGUGUCGAGAUUGGUUUAGUCAUAGCGGUUGGGAUAUCUGUGCUGAGGGUACUCUUAUUUGUUGCGAGACCGAGGACAUUGGCGCUGGGUAAAAUUCCAGAUUCUAAUGUUUUCCGAAGCGUAGAACAAUACCCAGUUGCCAAGAGCAUUCCUGGAAUUCUCAUACUUGAGAUUGAUGCUCCCAUUUACUUCACCAAUGCAAGCUACUUAAGAGAAAGGAUCACAAGGUGGAUUGAUGAAGAGGAAGACAAGUUAAAAUCUUCGGGAGAAACAAGCUUACAGUAUGUUAUACUUGACAUGAGUGCUGUUGGUAACAUAGACACCAGUGGAAUUUCCAUGCUUGAAGAGGUAAAGAAGAUCAUCGAUAGAAGGGUACUCACGCUUGUAUUGAGCAACCCCGGGGGCGAGGUGAUGAAGAAACUCAACAAGGCAAAGUUUCUAGAGAUGCUAGGUCAGGAGUGGAUCUAUUUGACAAUGGAAGAGGCCGUUGGAGCAUGCAACUUCAUGCUUCAUUCCUACAAAGCAAAACCUGCAACAGGCGAAUCAGAGCCAUGGAGUAGCAAUGUCUAAGUUCUGCAACGGACCUAUUCAUUUUUAUCUGUUGCAAGAAAAUUCAAUGGUCUACUAUGACUCAUUUUUAUCCGAGUCAAUCAAGUAGAUAAGACCUUCGCGUGCGCCAAUCUACCAGGGUACAAUACAUAAUAUGUGCGUCAAAUAUUUGAAUUGGGUUAAGGUCGGAGGUUUUUCUCUCUUCCAACGCUAUGUAAGUUGUAGACUGUAUAUUGUAAUACGGGUUUAAAUCAAAGCAUUUUGAAAUGGUGAGGAGAACACUAAUGAGGAUCUUAAUGAUUUCUA